CACCUUGGCGGGUGAGGCAAACGCUCCCUGAACAUUAGGUAGGUGACUCUCUGGUCUAAAAGGUGCUGUUUUAAAACAAAGCCACACUGUUGAGACAACACAACACGCAAUACUCUCUGCAAUCCCUUUUUUCAUCUGACAAAGGAAAGAAAGUGGGGGAGGAAAGAAGUAUCGGAGAGGAUAAGUGAUUAUGGAGGUCAGAUACAACCAGGAGACAGAACCGGGGAUGGGGCUGAAGAACGGACUAAAGGAUGGGAAAGACAGCAAGGAUUCCCAGGGAAACCUUUCCAAAACCUUCCUAAAGAAUCAGCAGGAGUCCUUCUCACCAUCUGGGAUGGUGGAAAACGGUGAGAAGAACCGAGCGAGCACGGGGGACCCAGACUACUGCCGGAGAAUACUUGUCAGAGAUGCCAAAGGGUCUAUACGAGAAAUCAUUCUGCCAAAGGGACUGGAUUUGGACCGUCCCAAACGAACCCGGACCUCUUUCACCGCAGAGCAACUCUAUCGCCUGGAGAUGGAGUUCCAGAGGUGCCAGUAUGUGGUUGGGAGGGAACGAACAGAGCUGGCCCGCCAGCUAAAUCUAUCUGAAACUCAGGUUAAAGUUUGGUUCCAGAACCGACGCACAAAGCAGAAGAAGGACCAGGGCAAAGAUUCAGAGCUGCGCUCGGUGGUGUCGGAGACGGCAGCCACCUGCAGUGUAUUAAGACUCCUAGAGCAGGGCCGGCUCCUCACGCCGCCAGGUCUGCCGGGGCUCCUGCAGCACUGUGGCAACGGCACCUUGAGUGUCGCCCUGCGAGGGCCCUCCAUGGGCAUGGCCAGCAAUGGAAGCAGCAGCAGCAGCAGUGGUGCCAGCUCAGGGACGGCCGGGGGCAGUCCCCCUCUGCCCAUAGUGACCAGUUCAGGGACGGUAGCGGGCCUCCAGAGCUCCCCGUCAGCUCAUGGCCUGUUCAGCUUCCCCAUGCCCUCUCUGCUGGGAAGCGUGGCCACCCGCAUGUCCUCCAACCCGCUUUCUAUGGCCGGGAACCUACAGGAACUGUCUGCCCGCUACCUGAGCUCUUCUGCUUUUGAACCUUACUCACGGACCAAUGGCAAGGAGUGUAUGGACAAAAACGUUUUCGAAUGAUGUUUUUGAUUCGUUUCAUUGCUCUCCUUGCUUUUUAUUACCUUGGUUUUGUUUGUUUCGCCCUCUUCUGUCCUGUUUGUGUUGUGGUUGUCGUUCAUGUGAAUCCAAUUGAGCAUCUGAUGCCUCUCGGAGGGAGGAAAACAAAGACAUACAUUUCAUUCUUAUAAGAACAGGGUGAUUGUUUUUAAGCUUUUGCACUAAAUUAAAGUUUCAUCUCCAUGUUGUGAAUUUCAAUACAGGUACUCAGAGAAACAAAUAUCCAUGAGAUUGCAAAGGGGCAGCAUUGCAUUUUUUUGCCACAUUUUCUCACAUUUAUUUUCCCGCAAUAGUAAUCACAAAAAGAGCCACAAAAAUGAGUCUGUUAAUGUUUUGGUAACACAUCACACAUGUUUAGCUGCUGGAGGUAAUUGGCACAUUACACACAAAGCUUUUCAGUGAUUGGCCAUGGGUGUAACAUGAUGGUACCUUUUUGAUUUUGUGUUUUAUUAUUUGAUUGUUUUGGUUAGACAGUGUCACAGUGUUUCGAAGUAGAGAGUUAUCAAGCAUUACAGCUUGCGGAGUUCAGGUGACAGACUGUCAGUUCAGGACGGCAUGGUGAACUUGGAGUUCGGCCAUUGUCAAACAUGACAUUUCAGUUUACGGAAAUAUCACAGGUCUCUUUUUCCAUUUGCAGAUAAUCAUGAGGAACACAGGCAUUUAACAUACAAAUGCAUUUACAUAUGCAGAUGUUUUGCAAUAUGAAACUACAAUAACAGUAUUUUAUACCAGUUUGUAUUUGUUUUUAUGUUUGGGCCAAAACAAAACUAAAGAAAAAUGUUGUCAUACAGUAUGAUAGUUCAAUUGUUCUGUGUUAGUUGUUUUAUAAAUGGGUUUGUGAGGGUUUUCCCAAUAUGAUUUUAAACACAGUCUACAUUUGUGACUUUUAUGUCUUAAAGCUGCAGUAUUCCACUUUUUUGUCUGUGAUUUUAAGAAUACUGGAGUGGUAGUCCAGAUUUCCAUGUAAGAGUUGGAGAAAAGCUUGGAAGUGUGGGGUUGGGCAAAGGGAGGACGGAGGAAAGGGUUCUGGAAAAGCUUUUGAACUACAGUAAGCAGCUUGCAUAGUUGGAUAUACAGAAUUGAACUUGAUGCUACAUGAUUGAAAACAGUGCAGAAGGUUUUGCAAUCUUUUAAGACCUUUUCCCGUGUGGAAUGUUUUAUGAUCAGUCACCAUGGCGGGAGGUUUAGUAGGAAAGGAGCAUGAGGUGAGUGAAAUUACUGUAGUACAAAAGAAAGAAAAAUGAGAAUUGUACCUAAAAUUGUUAUUUUAUUGUAAAUGAUUAAUGUCCGUAAUUAAUAGAUAAUUAGUAUGUAUAUCUGAAAAAUAAUGAAUGAAUGAAUGUAAGGGAGGAGGUGAUAAAUCAAUCAAAGCUCUUUGGUGCUGUUGUUGUGAAAUAACUUGAACUUUGUGACAUGUGUGGUAAGAGUGUGGAUACAUAUUAUAUACA